AAGUAGGGUCCCGUUCGGGGUUGCGGUAAAUACUUAAUAACAUUCGAGAUAUGAGAUAACUGGACGAUUUAAAUCACUUGACUGUCCUUUGAAAAUAUCGUAGAAGAAGUGUAUCUGAAAAGUUGCACACGAAAUUCACAAGAACUCAAGACAUACAUUAUGGCUGUGUCUCUAAACUGGCUUUACCUGUGGACUUCAAUUGUUGUUAUUUUCAUAUCUUUACAUCAUGUAAAAGGUCAAUGUACUGCAUUCCCAACUACACAGUUUACACAGUCUGUGGAAUGUUCUGAUGGUUUAAAUGAUACCAGUGUAUGUACAUACAUAUGUUUAGAUGGAUCUACAUUGACUUCAACUUGUAAUGGUACUUUAUGGACAGUUAACCAUGUUAGUUGUAGUGCAUGUGCUGAUGGUGUAUGGGGUGUUAAUUGCCAAGAAGACUGUACCUGUAUCAGUGGUUCAAGUUGUAACAAUGUCAACGGUGCAUGUACAGCGUGCGGUAUCAUUGAAUGUGACAAGAGAAAUCUCCAAGUUUCAUUGAAUCGCCAGGGUACAUAUAACAUCGCCCACACUGAUGUUUUAGAAAUUAUCUGUAAUGUAAACUUACCAAACAAUGAAGUGUCUGUAUGGUGGAAUGCACCAAACUAUUCAUCAGAUCCUGUUGUUCCUGAAAAUGGUAUAUUCACCUUGAGUAAAACAGAUUUACAACCAGAAAAGGACAGCGGUGUGUAUGGGUGCUAUGCUGAAGCCAGGAAUGCAGGUAUUGUCGUCGUAGGAAGUUCUACUGCGAGUGUUACAGUUGAUGUACAAGUUCUUGCAACAAUAGUUGAGAUACCAGAUUCACAAGAAAUUGAGAUAUCUAGUUCUCCAGUUUUUACAUGUAGUGGACAUGGUAAACCAUUGCCAGAAGUGUCAUGGCAGACAAUUAACGGAGGCCCUAUUUCUGAGUCUGAUACUGAGAUCAUAGAGGAUGGUUAUUUUAUGAAUAGUACACUGACAUUCAACAGUGUAGAUAGAAAUGACAAUGGUAUAUAUCAAUGUGUGGUGAAUAAUGGAUAUGAUGAUGUGAGUGAAAACUUUACUCUCACUGUCUUAGAGGUACCAGAUCAAGUGACAAUUAUAACUUUUAUAGCCACAAAUGCUGAGAUAAUUGAAUUGAAAUGGGAAGUGACUUAUGAUGGUAACAGUGACAUCAUACAAUGUGGUGUAGAAUAUAUGGAAUUUAAUGAUCAACAACAACCAGUGACUGACUGGAUGACUUACAUAACUGUUACUGAAAUUCGGAUACAGUGCAUGAUUCAAAUAGAAAACCUAGCAGCAUAUACCUACUACAAGGCUAGAAUUAGUUGUACAAAUUCUCAGGGAUCAAGUGUACCAACUGAGACUGUUAUAGUAAGAACGAAAGAGUCUAGUUCUAAUCCACCAAGGAAUGUAACAUUGGUAGCCAAUACUGAAAGUGAUAUCACUGUCACUUGGUUAGUUCCAGUAAAAUUGAAUGGAGAAUUAGAUUAUUACAUAGUUUAUUACUCAAUUAUUAGUGGUAGUAAUACUAUGAACAAACAAAUUCCAGACAAACCAAGGAUAUCCAGUUUUCAUAAUACAUCAGAUAGUGCAUUGACUAUUGAAUGGAACCCGCCGAUUAAUCCACGUGGUGUAACAAAAAGAUAUGAACUUUAUCUAUUUCUAAACUCUGGUGGAUCAGCUGUGAAGUCUCAUACGGAACAUCCCAAACAAUCAGACCAGACUUCUACUUAUACUUACCUGUUUACAAAUUUGUUAGCAUAUACUGAAUACAUUGUUAGAAUAAAGGUUUGCAAUGGAAGAAGGUGUAGUCUUGCAGAAGAAAAGAGUGCUAAGACCAGUGAAGGAAUACAUGCAUUAAUCCCAUAUGAAGGAUUUGAUGGACACGUCGGUAUGGAAGAUUCAAAAGGUUCAUGGUUGGUAUAUGACAACACAUGCUAUGAAUACCAAGAACUUCAAACAUACUCAAACUGUUAUGAGAUUAUUGUUAUACGCAUACCAAUCAGCAAAGAAACUGGAUCAUUGCUGUUUGACACAUCAGUUUCUCCUGAUAGUAUAUAUGGAUCCACAGAGUUGAACAAGUAUGAGGAUGUUAAUGGUAUUCCAGGACAAGCAUAUGUGGCAGUAAGGAUGACAAGAAACAGUUUCCAAGAAGAAGUACUUAUUGGUGAUGGUAAAUUGACAGAGUGUACCCAGAAUUCCAAUCUAACUGUAAAACGAGACAUUGCUCAGUAUUCAUAUGAAAGAGAGGUUUAUAAUGGAGAAUUGGAACCUGAAACAUGGUAUACAGUUUUUGUUCGAGCUUAUGUUGAUAUUCCAAGUGUGGAUGGACAGGUUUUCUUCACUUCAAGUCCAUUCAUGGAACCUAUUCAGACAGGCGACGACGGAGAAAACCUAGAGGUAAACAUAAAUGAUUAG